UUCUAUUUACGACAAGGUCAUUACGCUCAAAUUUUGAGCGGCUCUGUAACGAGCUUCGAUAGUAGCUACUGCCUUUGCUAGCAUUUGUGAAGGUCUUGGCCACAGUGGAGCCACCAUAACUUCCCGGCUUCUUAACGUGAGAACCUGCACAUUUUCGUUGAAACAAGCAUUCAUCAUCCAGCAGGGAAGUAAAGAGUGAAGCAACGCCAUGUCGUCAGCGUCCUACACCGCCACCGCAGCGUGGUCCACGCCCAUUCCAGGCGCAUGCGAACGCACCCCGUUCGAUGCGGCCGACGACUUGAUCGACCCCAUGGGACUCAGUCCCGAGUCCACCGUCAGCAGCCUCUUUGCCGCCAUCAGCGUGCUGGGCACAUCGCCCAACACGCCGUGUCAUCCACUCUUCCCUUGCGCAACUGAGGCCAAACAGCAGCAGUUACCCAUCAGCGCCGCCGUGCCGUCUGCCACGGCCGGAACUACGACAACAACCCACGGCGCUGCGCCCUCAAGUUUCACCGCGUCCACGGAACCCUCCCUCCUGCACAUGUCCCUCGCUACGCUGCUGGGAUGCUGCGAGAUGCUUGGCCAUCACAUGGAGGACCGCUCCGAAAUCGCCAGGCAGCAGGACAUCGAGCUGCUGCAGGAGAUCCAAGGGGCCUCAGCGGUCGAGCUCCGAGACCACAGUCAGCGGCCGUUGUUCGUUGUGGCGCCGUUGGACGUCCUUGUCACACGGGAAGCCACCACAGGUCGCAACCAGUUUCACAUCAUUGAGAUUAAUGGUACGGGCAUCAGCGGUCUGACCAAUUUGACGGAGGCGGCAGUUGAGGACGUGCUGAGGUCGUUCAGCGAUUUGGCUGCGCACAUGACGCAGCCGGAUGUCCUUGUGUUGGUCGCCAGCUCCGGACAGGAGACGUACCCACCGGUGAGCCGUACCUUGCAUGAGAAGAUGCUGUACGUGGAGGCCCUCAAGAGGGGCUUCGAGGCAACCGGCCGCCGCAUUAACAUCACCAAUAUGACACGCCUCGAGAAGCGCCCCGAGAGUAUGCCCGCCAGCGGCCCCACUGUGGUGCUGGGCUACAUGAAGCAGUUCCGAGCCAACUUCAUGAUGGAUGGACCCACGGGUCGGCUCAUGCUCUUCGGGCGCCAGGUUCACGCCGCUAUCAACGACCGCUUCGUGCUCAACACUUGCUAUCAGUUCGAUCACCGACUGGACCUCAAUGCCUUCCGGGGUUACAAUGCCGGAUAUGCCGCCGGAGCGGAUAAGAGCGUUGCGUACGAGUUGUACAACCAGUUCUUCGGCUCCGAGGAGCUCGGCGCUCACUUCCAAUGCAUGGCCCCCGCCAUUAACUUCAGGCGGGCUCGAACUCGGACGGAGCUCAUCUCUAGCAUCCAGACCUGGCUGCAGUGCAACGCCACGCCGGCGGUGAUAAAACCCCAGGGAACAGGCUGUGGACAUGGCAUCGAGUUCUUUUUCGGGAACUCCUCCUGGGGAGAGACAGCAGCCAAGGUGGACCGGGCACUUCAUUCCGUCGCCUCCAACUACAACCUCCAAUGCGGCGGACUGCCAUACACCGUGUGCGAGUACCUAGAUACAGCUACCAUCGAUGCCCCUGCGGGCAGCGCCGGUGCAGCCGCUGCGGGCGGCGGCCGUGGUGGUUGCGGCGGCGGCGGCGGCGGCGGUGGCGGUGUCGGCGGGCCUCAUCCCAACAAGGUCGGUCACAAGUUCGAGCUGCGUAUUGUUGUGUACCGCGCGGGUUCGCAGCUGCGGGCCUUCCCAUCCAUCGCCAAGGUUGCUCGAGAGGCCUUCGACCCUCGUAACCCCGACAACAAGAAGUCGCUGAUCAACAACAUCACCACCAGCGCCAAGGAGACGGCGCAGUCCGGCCAGGAGUUCCUACUGCCGCUGUGCAACUCCGAUACGCUGGCUGUGCUGGGCAUCAGCCGAAGCGAGCUGGCGGAGCUGUGCGUCGCCUCCACGCACUUCAUCCGCUAUCUGGUGGACCAGGUGCAAGACAAUCCGGCGCUGUUCGGACUGCCGGCUGGCGGAGAAUGAGGGGAGAGACCCUGAUCGUUAUGCAAGGAACCAUUUAAGAUGGACAAAUGAACUUAGGCUUGGCCCUAACGGCGGC